GCUCAAGGAUAUUGAAACGAUGACAAGUAUCAGUGUUGUUGCACGGAAAGCGCUAGACAAAACUACAGAAAUAGAUUUUAAUUGAAAAAUGACCGACAAAUAUUCGAGCAUUUUAAUCGGGCCGGGUGUUGGUCAAAGUCCGACCAACUUUCUUAUCAUUUUUUCGUCUUUCUCUCUGGACAAAACAAAAUUUGAUCCCUUUUUUUCCUAAUGACGAUGUACGCAAAAACGAAGCAACUGUAGUAAAAUCGUUGACUAUUUGACGCAAAUACGCAUUGAAAGGCCACAGAGACGCUGAUCUUGUUGGCAAUAGAAAAAAAAACAAUUGUUAUCAAAUGUAAACAACUUUCGUCAUUUUAGUGGGCAUCUUUUUUUUCGUGUGUUGCUUUAACGAUGCGCUAAAUGAUUAUUUAAAUAUUUGUUAGGUGUUGGUUUAUGAUUAAUGGGGAAAAUGUGUUUUUCCCUGUACAAUGAUUAGAACAACGAGAAUUUCUUAGAAAUUUUAAUUCGUUAUCUGUUGAAAUAGAAAACAAAAGUAGUGACAUAAGAAAUGGACAAUCGCAAAUCAAACAAAAAAAAACAUAUGAAUUAACUUCGAGAAACCGUAAGGAAAGUCAUUAAUCAAUGUUUUGCAGCACAAAAAUGAUCAAAAUUUCUGUCCCUUUCACAUAUGGACAUGUUUCGUCGAAAUAUAUAAAACACGAAACGUUCCUUUUAAUCUAACCUCCUUACGUACGAUUUCCAAUUCUUCUUCAUUUACUAAUCUCAACUUCGAACGAAUUUGUUUUGAUUUUUGUGGAAUAAUAUUAAGACAGAUCCAUUUUUUUCGUUAUCUAGACGUCACACAAACAAAAAUGCUAUAUGAAACGUGUUGAUAAUAGCAUUUGACCCAUAGAAGUGAGAAAUAUAUUAUUACAUGAUUCAUUUGAUGUUACGAAACAAAAAAAACAGCCAAGCUAAGUAUUGAUUUAACUGACGCAUUCGCUUCCUCGUUCAGGCGCUUAACAAGAAAAUAUUUACAAUUUCAGUGCGAAUAAACAGCAGAAACGGGGAAAAUGCGACGUACAAAGUUAAAAUAUACAAGGCAUGUUUAUAUGAUGAACAAAAGCAGACUUACCCAUCAUUAACACACAAAGAUCAUCCAUUCUACACAAAUAAUGUGUAGAUUGACAGUUAAAUUGCAUAAAUUAAUGGCAACGCCAUUUAAAAUGUUCACCUUUUCAGUAGUCAUGUUUAAACGACUGCUUCUGACUGAACCAAUUGAUUUCGAAGCAUUUUGGCAAGCGAAAAAAGGCAACAAAUUGUACAGUCGCUGCGACUGCUGUCGAGAAUUUAUUGUCAGAGAUGUGUUAAUGAGACGGCAUACAUUUAGAAUUGAGCCCUUUGCUUGCCCACCAAACACACGCACACGAACACUCACUCACUCCAAACCGAAUUGAAUCGUGUACGUUUUGUGAAUUUCGAUUGUUGAUAACACAAACGCAAGGGCCGAGCACACAUCAUUUCAGAACGACGACGGCUCCAGCAUUGGCACCGAAGACGCAAGGCAAACAUGUAGUGUUGUUGUUGCUGUUGCGAACUCUUGAUAAAAAGUUUCAGUUACACAUUAUUCGAUUCGCUUCAUCUUCUCUCCCUCUCUCGUUUGCUCUUUCGAAUUCUGCUUUCUGCGUUUCGUCUUGUCACAUCGGUUCUGGUCGGUUUGCAACAUAAGUCAGCGUUAUAAUAAGCAAUGCGCUAAACGAUCUAUCCAUCAUUUCUUUUAUGUUUGUUCACUAAGCAACAUCGGUUUUUUGUUGUUGUUGCUGUCGUUGUUCGUUCGUCCUGCACACUCAUUAGAAUCGUUUACUUUUGUGAUUUGCUUGUUGAACAUUUAUCAAUCUCUAAAUAGAAAACGGUUUGCUCCAGUUUUUCAAAUCGCAUUCUUUGGAAUAUUUAAUAACAAGUGCAGUCUUUUUAACAAGUUUUUUUUGUGGUUGUGACGUACCCGUACCGUAUUGAGACAAUCCCGAUAAUUAUUGAAAGUGAUAGUUUUUUUUUGUCUCGUUGCCUUUUGACAACUGCAGCAAUUAAAUUGUACAACUUGCACGCAUUUCGCAUUGAGUCAGUCCGAAUGAUGAUGACUUCAAGAGAGUUUCGCGUGCCGUUUUGUUGAUAAAAGACACACGAUUUGUGUAAAUAAGUUUUUUUUUGUUUAAAUUGUGAAAUUAUGAUUAGUGAAAAAGAACAAUUUGUUCCAAAUUAAGAGAAGAAUAAAAAAAAAUCGCGCGAAAUAAAAGAGUCACAUUUAUGUGAACAGUUUUCAAUUUAAAAUAAAAAAGUUUCAAAAACUAAAAUGUUAUUCCCGCCGAUGUCAAAUUCCACAACAGGAUUUCUGUUGCAAACGAUGCUGUACGUGGCCAAUAUCACCAAGCAUGAUUUAAACGCACCAAAAACACGCGAAGAUUUUAUGUUAUCGCCAAUGGGAGCUGAUUCGGAUCCGGAGCAACCGCGUUGCUAUGGACUUUACGGCUGCUUCCCAAUCAAUGGACCAUUUGGUGGUGAUCAGCGACCAAUUUCCAACUAUCCCGAAACGCCAAUGAAAAUCAAUACACGAUUUGCUGUUUACACCAAACAUAAUCGACAUUUGCCGAAAUACUUGAGCUUGAAUGAAACGGGUGAAGCCAAAUACAGUGGAAUCCAUCCGAAGGGAAAUAUCUAUGUGAUUGCACACGGUUACUUAGAUUCGGGUGAUCGUCCUUGGGUCAUUGAAUUGAUGAAUGCAUUGCUGGACAGAGAUCGCAGUGGAAUUGCAUCGGUCAUUACGAUCGAUUGGAGUGGCGGUGCAUCACCGCCUUAUACUCAGGCCGUUGCCAAUAUUCGAUUGGUUGGCGUUAUUACGGCUCAUGUUUUGUACAUGGUCUACGAACAAUUUAAAAUGAAAAAUUUGGAUAAUGUGCACAUGAUAGGCCACUCGUUAGGCUCACAUUUGUCUGGUUAUGCUGGAAGCACUUUGCAAAAGGAUUUUGAUCUCAAUUUAGGACGUAUCACAGCACUGGAUCCAGCUGAGCCUCUCUUCACUGCCACCGAAUCUGUUGUACGACUGGACCCGAAUGAUGCACAAUUUGUCGAUGUUAUUCACACUGAUACGUUGCCAAUAACGCAAGGUGGUCUGGGAAUGCCCGAUCCGAUUGGACAUGUAGACUUUUAUCCAAACGGCGGACACACUAAUCCAGGAUGCGAUAAACCAAUGCAACAUUACAUUUUAUCAACAGGCAGUUUGAGUGUUGGCUUUCAGCAAUUUUUCAGUUGUAACCAUGUUCGCAGUCAAGAGUUUUUCCUGGAAAGCAUCAAAUCCAACUGUACAUUUACUGGCGUUGCUUGUGAUUCGUAUGAGAGCUUCUUGAAAGGCCAUUGCACGUGCAAAGGAACCGAUACCGGUUUCUGUUUGCGAUUCGGUCUUGAUGCAAAGUCGAGUUACCAACGAUUACAUGGGACAAAGCAAUUGGCCAGUGGCCAACCAAUCAAGGCUUAUCUAAUGACUGGACGAGAACAGCCUUUCUGUCGAUCACAUUUCAAAAUGACCAUCUUCAUGUCGGGAACAGUUGAGAGCCUAGGUCAUGGAGAAGAGGUUGGCAUUUUGAAUGUUGAAGUGCAGUCGCUGCAGGGCGAUAGAACCGAACGAAUUCGAUUCUCGCGCGAGCCAAUGAGUCUUGAACCAGAAAAGGUAUACAGCGCCGUCAUUCCGGGCCGAGAAGUUGGCAUUCCCGAGAGUGUAACCUUAGAUUGGGAGUACCGAACAAACCCGCUUAAUCCCCUAACGUGGCGAAUUGUUGCACCACGAGUUUAUAUUCAGCAUAUCAUUGUGGAGUCUCUCGAGCACAACAGAAGAAUCAUCAUGUGUCCUAUCUACCAAAAUGAGCCGGUGGUUUCGGGAAAGCCAGCCGAUUUCAGGCACGAGUACUGUAACUCAUACCGCAACGAAUAGAAGAAAAAAAAACCACAACCAAUCCACGAAUCUAGCUUAAGAAAUUAAUUUAUAAUUAUCUCUCUACUUAUAUGAUCACAAAUCGAGUUCAAGUACAUCGUUUGCUAUUUUAUUUUUCGUUAUUGUCCGUUGAAAUCAUACCAAGAAGAAAAAUUCAUUCACGUAACAAUAAAUUCAUCGAAGUUCUAGUUUGUGUAGUUCUAGCACAAAUUAUCAUUUGGUGAUAAUGAGUAAGAUUAUUCGAAAUUCCACGAGCAUGGAAAGUUUGGCAUAGAAUCCUAUUUAUAUACGCAUUUUGCAAAUAUAUGUAAUAAGCUAAGUGAUUCGUAUUAUAGAUUUAAUGCGUAAUAAAUAAUAAAUUGUACGAAAAGAA